AUGUCCGCCGCGUCGGAGCUCAAGCCCCUCGUGAAGAGCUUGAACGGCGCGUCCACCGACGAGGAGAUCGUGGGCAUCCUGAAAACCUUGAAGCAACAUGCGAAGAUCACCGAGUCUGUGCUACGAGAAAGCAAGGCCGGUUUGGCUGUCGGCAAGCUUCGUGCGCAUGCGUCCAAGCAGGUCUCAGACCUCGCGAAGGAGAUCGUGAAGAAGUGGAAGACGGAGGUCGAGCGGGAAAAGGCAGCAUCAGGGGGGAGCGGGAAGUCUUCGAAACCAGCGGCCAAGAAAGUAGCAGCGCCCCCUGCGGCAGCUCCCUCUUCCACCCCAGUCACCCCGACCACCGCCGGGUCGAAGAUAAGCGACAACCGUUCUGCAAAGAUCGAUGGCGUGAAAUUCAACCACACGAACGACAAGACGCGAGAAAAGUGCGCAGAGCUUAUCUACGAUGCCCUUGUGUUCGACUCCGGUGCACCGGCCGACCUUGUGCUCCAACGUGCGAGUGAGAUUGAGAAGACGGUGCUGAAUGACAACGGAAGCGCGAACGCAGCUUACAAGGCGAAGAUCCGUUCUCUGUUCGUCAAUCUGAAGGACAAGAACAACCCGGGUCUCCGAGAGAGCGUUGUGUCUGGCGACCUCGCCGUAGGCAAGUUUUGCAAGAUGAGCAGCCAGGAAAUGGCCUCGGAAGAACGCAAGGCCGCGAAUGCUAAAAUUGCGCAAGAGAACCUUUUCAAGACCCUGGGCGCGGGAGAGCAGGAAGCGGAGACAGACGCGUUCCAGUGUGGCCGCUGCAAACAGCGAAAGUGCCGAUACAGACAGGCGCAGACUCGCAGCGCUGAUGAGCCGAUGACGACCUUCGUAACCUGUACCGUGUGUAAUAAUAGAUGGAAGUUCUCUUAG